AUGGCUGCGGUCGACCACAAAGUCGCUUUGAUUGUCAUCGAUGGCUGGGGUAUUGCUGGCCCCCAGUCGCCGCCCCAGGGCGAUGCCAUUGCUGCUGCCGAGACCCCGUACAUGUCCGGUUUCGCCGAAGCCAACUCGAAGACUGCCCAGGGCUUCACUGAGCUCGAUGCAUCGUCGCUGGCUGUCGGCCUGCCCGAGGGCCUCAUGGGCAACAGUGAGGUUGGCCACUUGAAUAUUGGCGCCGGCCGUGUUGUCUGGCAGGACAGCGUUCGCAUCGACCAGACCCUCAAGAAUGGCGAGCUGAAGAAGGUGGACAACAUUGUUAAGGCCUUCACCCGUGCCAAGGAGGGCAAUGGCCGUCUGCACCUUUGCGGUCUCGUCUCUGACGGUGGUGUUCACUCCAACAUCACCCACCUGUUCGGCCUGCUCGAGGUCGCCAAGGAGAUGCAGAUCCCCCAGGUCUUCAUCCACUUCUACGGUGACGGCCGCGACACCGACCCCAAGAGUGCUGGAAUUUAUAUGGAGCAGCUCCUGAACAAGACCAAGGAGCUCGGCGUUGGUGAGAUUGCCACCGUUGUCGGCCGCUACUACAUCAUGGACCGUGACAAGCGCUGGGAGCGUGUCCAGGUUGGCCUGAAGGGUAUGGUCACUGGCGAGGGCGAGGACAGCUCGGACCCGCUCCAGACCAUCAAGGAGCGCUACGAGAAGAACGAGACCGACGAAUUCUUCCAGCCGAUCAUCGUCGGCGGCAAGGAGCGACGUGUGCAGGAUAAUGAUACCCUCUUCUUCUUCAACUACCGUUCGGACCGUGUUCGCGAGAUUACCCAGCUUCUGGGUGACUACGACCGCUCUCCUCUUCCAGACUUCCCUUACCCCAAGAACAUCUCCCUCACCACCAUGACCCAGUACAAGACCGACUACACCUUCCCCGUCGCUUUCCCUCCUCAGCACAUGGGCAACGUCCUUGCGGAAUGGCUCGCCAAGAAGAGUCUCCAGCAGUGCCACGUUGCUGAGACUGAGAAGUACGCCCACGUUACUUUCUUCUUCAACGGCGGCAUCGAGAAACAAUUCCCCGGCGAGGUUCGUGAUAUGAUCCCCUCGCCCAAGGUUGCUACCUACGAUCUCGACCCCAAGAUGAGCGCUGCGGCCGUCGGCACCAAGAUGUCGGAGCGUAUUGCCGAGAAGAAGUUCGACUUCGUCAUGAACAACUUCGCCCCACCCGACAUGGUUGGCCACACUGGUGUGUACGAGGCUGCCAUCGAGGGUGUUACUGCCACCGACAAGGCUAUCGGUGAGAUUUACGAGGCUUGCAAGGCGAACAACUACAUUCUCAUGAUUACUGCCGAUCACGGUAACGCCGAGGAGAUGCUCAACGAGAAGGGUACCCCGAAGACCUCUCACACCACCAACUUUGUUCCCUUCGUUAUGGCCAACGCUCCCGAGGGCUGGAGCCUGGCUAAGAAGGGUGGUGUCCUGGGCGAUGUCGCGCCCACCAUCCUCGCUGCCAUGGGCAUCGAGCAGCCCGCCGAGAUGACCGGCAAGAGCCUGCUCAUUAAGUCAUAG